UUCAACUGAAAAAAAAAAAAAAAGGCGGAGAAAAAGAAAGAUCGCACCGAAACAAAAAGCAGCGUGAGGGGUUAACGACCACAGUGGUGUUUCUUCAGGCUGAGGUGAAUGGAUUUGCUUCCGGCAGAGACGAGGCCGAUCUCUAAGAAGCAAGGAUUUCGGUCGCUGAAGCUGGUGAAUGUGGACCUGGAACAGGUUCUUGCCGAGCAACCUGUUGGCGUGGACUAUGGCAGACUUGAGAAUGGACUACACUACUAUGUUCGAUGCAAUUCCAAGCCUCGAAUGAGAGCUGCACUGGCACUUGCAGUCAAAGCUGGAUCAGUUCUGGAAGAAGAAGAUGAACGUGGUGUUGCUCACAUUGUUGAGCAUCUUGCAUUCAGUGCUACAAAGAGAUAUACAAAUCAUGACAUCGUUAAAUUUCUUGAAAGUAUUGGGGCAGAGUUUGGUGCUUGUCAAAACGCUGUAACAUCUUCUGAUGACACAGUUUAUGAGCUGUUUGUUCCAGUUGACAAGCCUGAACUAUUAUCUCAAGCCAUUUCAGUUUUGGCAGAAUUCAGUUCAGAGAUUCGAGUUUCAAAAGAUGACUUAGAGAAAGAAAGAGGAGCAGUGAUGGAAGAAUACAGGGGCAACAGGAAUGCGGCAGGAAGGCUGCAGGAUGCACAUUGGAGCUUGUUGAUGGAAGGUUCAAAGUAUGCUGAAAGGCUACCAAUUGGGCUAGAGAAAGUAAUCCGGACAGUUUCUCCUGAAAUGGUGAAGCACUUUUACAAGAAAUGGUACCAUUUAUGCAAUAUGGCGGUGAUAGCUGUUGGAGAUUUCUCUGAUACGCAGGAUGUAAUUGAGUUGAUAAAGACUCAUUUUGGUCAGAAAAUUCCAGCGCCUGAUCCUCCGUGCAUACCAAAAUUUCCAGUUCCAUCACAUGAGGAGCCACGGUAUUCCUGUUUUGUUGAAUCUGAAGCUGCUGGGUCUGCAGUGAUGAUUAGCUAUAAGUUGCCAGCAGAUGAGCUGAAAACAGUAAAAGACUACAGAAAUUUACUUGCAGAAUCCAUGUUCCUGUAUGCUUUAAAUCAGAGAUUCUUUAAAAUAUCUCGUAGAAAAGAUCCACCCUAUUUCUCAUGCUCAGCUGCUGCCGAUGUUUUAGUUCGCCCACUAAAGGCCUAUAUAAUGACUUCAUCAUGUAAAGAAAAAGGAACCGUUGGUGCCCUAGAGUCAAUGCUAACAGAGCUUGUGAGGGUACGACUUCAUGGCUUUUCUGAGCGUGAAAUAUCUAUUGUUCGUGCACUACUUAUGUCAGAGAUUGAAUCUGCUUAUUUGGAGCGAGAUCAAAUUCAAUCAACCAGCUUAAGAGAUGAAUAUUUACAGCAUUUUCUUCACAAUGAACCUAUUGUUGGGAUCGAUUAUGAGGCUCAACUCCAAAAGACUCUUCUACCACAAAUAUCAGCAUUAGAGGUCUCUAAAUAUUCAGAGAAGUUAAGGACAUCAUGUGGUUGUGUCAUAAAGACCAUUGAGCCCCAAGCAUUUGCUGUAGCUGAUGAUCUGAAAAAUGUUGUGAAGAAAGUCAAUCUUCUUGAGGAAGAGGGUCGAAUCUCUCCUUGGGAUGAUGAACACAUUCCAGAAGAAAUUGUUACUACAAAGCCAGAUAUGGGGAGUAUUGUACAGCAAUUUGAAUAUUCAAAUAUUGGAGCUACUGAACUAGUUCUGUCAAAUGGCAUGCGAGUCUGCUACAAGGGCACAGACUUUCUUGAUGACCAGGUUAUCUUCACAGGGUUCUCAUAUGGGGGAUUGUCCGAACUCCCAGAGAGUGAGUAUUUCUCUUGUUCAAUGGGACCAACCAUUGCUGGAGAAAUUGGAGUAUUUGGUUAUAGACCAUCUGUACUAAUGGACAUGCUUGCGGGCAAGAGAGCUGAAGUUGGGACAAAAGUUGGAGCAUACAUGAGAACAUUUUCUGGUGACUGUUCACCUUCAGACCUUGAAACUGCUUUGCAGCUUGUCUAUCAGUUGUUUACUACAAAUUUAACACCAGGGGAAGAAGAUGUCAAAAUAGUUAUGCAGAUGGCUGAGGAAGCAGUCCGUGCUCAAGAUAGGGAUCCAUAUACUGCUUUUACAAAUCGUGUGAAGGAGCUAAACUAUGGGAACUCUUAUUUUUUCAGACCUAUUAGAAAAAGUGAUCUGCAAAAGGUUGAUCCACUUAAAGCCUGUGAAUACUUCAGCAAUUGUUUCAAAGACCCAUCAACUUUUACGGUUGUGAUUGUUGGGAAUAUUGUUCCUUCUAUUGCGGUGCCAUUAAUAUUGCAAUAUCUAGGUGGAAUUCCAAAGCCUUCUGAACCUAUCAUGCACUUUAACCGUGACGACCUGAAAGGAUUGCCUUUUACUUUUCCGACAACUGUAUCUAGACAAGAGGUUCGGAGCCCCAUGGUAGAAGCCCAAUGUUUGGUACAGCUAUGCUUUCCUGUGGAGCUGAAGAAUGGAACCAUGGUAGAAGAGAUUCACUUUGUUGGGUUCUUGAGCAAGCUUCUUGAAACAAAAAUGACACAAGUUCUUCGUUUCGAGCUUGGGCAGAUUUACUCCGUUGGUGUUUCAAUAUUCCUGGGUGGUAAUAAACCCUCAAGAACAUGUGAUGUUCGUGGUGACAUUAGCAUAAAUUUCUCCUGUGAUCCAGGAAUAUCUUCAAAGCUGGCAAAUCUUGCCUUGAAUGAAAUAUUGCGUCUCCAAGAAGAAGGACCUUCUGAUCAAGAUGUUUCAACCAUCCUUGAAAUUGAGCAAAGAGCCCAUGAGAAUGGACUGCAGGAAAAUUACUACUGGCUGGACAGGAUUUUGCGUAGCUAUCAGUCAAGAGUUUAUUCUGGUGAUGUUGGCAAGUCUUUUGAGAUUCAAGAUGAAGGGCGGUCCGUAGUUAGAGCAUCUCUAACACCAUCAACGGCACAGGUGGCACUACAAAGAAUACUGCCUUUUCCUUGCAAAAAACAGUACACCGUUGUGAUUCUAAUGCCCAAAACAUCUCCAUUGAAAUUACUGAAAUCAGCAUUCGGAUCUACUCAAACUAGCUAUAGCAGGGAUGCGAAGAUUUUAGCUGGAAUUGCUGGCCUUGUAGUUUUGGCACUCAGUUUGUGGAGAUAUUCUCGGAGUAGCCUGAAAUCGUAGACCUUACGCAACAGAGCAACAAAUUUUUGAAGCUAAUGAAAACAACUUAAAGGUGAUUCUUCGAUUCCUGACCAAACGUACGUAAAAUUGUAGAAGUCGAUUCUAUUGUAGAUCCAAUCAGUGCUUGUUUCGCCUCUUUAAGGUGAAUGGGAGAGGCAUCCAAGUAAUCGUGAACCAUGUGCAUAGUCAUCGUUGUUCAGAAAAUCAAUUCUGGUAGAUUGGCCGGCCUUUUUCUUCUUUUCUUUCUAUAACAUUGGGAAUGGCAGAUAUAAAAGUUUGUUCUAGUAUUGGAACACAUAUUCGACUAAAUGCUUAGUUUGCCUCA